UCAGUUAAGCUGGGGCUGUUGUUCGGUAAUGAAAAAAUGUCUUUUAAAAAGUGUUUCAUUCAGCUUUCAGUCAAGAGUUUGAUACCACUCCAUUCAAUGAAAUAUUCGUGGUGGCAGAUUACUACAAACACUAGCCCCGUAUUUGUAGACUUGCGAGAUGCUGCAGUUAUAAUGACAAUUUUAACUUAUUUACUGCUUACUCGUUUUAACGGCGGAGUAAAUUGCGAAAAAAACAGUUGCGAAAUUUGUUGCACUUUUUCUAAAUGUUCAAUUAUAAUCUUUCGGUCCGUCAUCUCUUCCACAAGUAGCGCUCAAAUUGCGUUUUUCCAUCUGGUCAAGAACAUCUUUAUGAAUUUUGCAAAUGGUCGCCUUCUGGAGUCACCUAGCCUCUUUCAAUGCAGUAGUUUUCAGACUGCAUGCCCAUUCCUUCUUCUACAUAUUCCUCUCUACACGAUGUACCUGCUACUUUUUACCGGCAUCACCAGUUCAAAGUUAAUCAACGAUGUGAUCGGCACCUUAAUGUCACUGUUCCCGUUUAUUUCUCCUUUGCUAACACUAAUUUUCACGGAUGAUUACCGAAAUUUUAUAGCCAAUGUAGAUACGUGGUUGGGUUGGUGCGUGGGACCACCUCCUAGGCCUCCGCCAGAGGUAGGUACCGACCGUCGUGCAUCGGCUAGUAACUGGCGAAUAAUAUUCUUUUGA